UUUAUUUUAUAACAUUAAGUUCCAAACUGAAAUAAACCAUUCAUGUUUUAAUUGAAUAAAAUAGCACGUGUAUACCGUAUAGUCCCCACAUAAGUAGAGAUAACAGAGAGAAAAAAAUUGUUAAAGGGGAGUCCAUUUUGUCAUUUUCAGUAACGGGUUUCACUUUAAAACAAAAAAUCAUUCAUGUCAAAACUAAGCCUAAUAUAAGGGGAAAAUUUGUUUAUUUGGCCUUGUUAUCACAAAUAGUUCUUGUUAUUUUGUUUUGGCCAUUUGUCAGACUGAUGAAAACUCAGAAAACCAAGCGUGCGAAGCAAUGGGAUACCGUAAAGGAACUAGACAAAAGUUGAGAAAACCUGGAGUGGAGAGACCUCUUGAGAAGGGGAUCAUAGAACUUGCCAAUGAAGAUGAUUCAACUCUCGUUACAUCUCUUACGCAAAAAGGACUCCAAGUCGUUGAAGAUCCAGAACACAACACAUACAAGAUCAAGUGUGAUGUUGUAAUUGUCGGUUCGGGUUGUGGAGGUGGGGUUGCAGCUGCAGUGCUUGCAAGUUCAGGACUGAAAGUACUUGUCCUAGAGAAAGGAAACUACUUUGUUCCAGAAGAUUACUCUUCGUUAGAAGGUCCUUCAAUGGCUGAACUAUACGAGUGUGGUGGAAUUCUAUCAACUCUCUGUGGGAAAACUAUGAUGUUGGCUGGAUCUACAGUCGGCGGAGGCUCAGCAGUAAACUGGUCUGCCUGUAUCAAGACAGCAGAUUCCGUUCUCAAAGAAUGGUGUGUGGAUCAUAAGAUUCCACUGUUUGGUAGCCCUGACUACCAAUCUGCAAUGGAUGUUGUGUUCAAGAGGCUCGGCGUUACUGAUUACUGUUCGAAAGAAGGAUUUCAGAAUCAAAUUCUUCGAAAAGGGUGUGAAAAUCUUUGCUUGGAAGUUGAAUCAGUUGCAAGGAACUCCUCGACUGAUCAUUAUUGCGGUUCGUGCUGCUACGGCUGUAGAACAGGAGAUAAGAAGGGAACUGACUCGACUUGGUUGGUUGAUGCUGUAAGCUGCGGUGCUGUGAUCCUAACAGGAAUCAAGGCUACAAAAUUCACAUUGGAGAAUGAUACUAACAGAGGAAGGAGAAAGAAAAAAUGCACAGGAGUCAUUGCUAGUGCUUUAAGUAAAAACAUUACCAGGAAGCUGCAUAUUGAGGCUAGAGCAACAGUUUCAGCAUGUGGCGCUAUCCUGACGCCGCCUCUGAUGCUAUCGAGCGGGUUGAAGAACCCAAAUAUUGGCAGGAACCUUCAUCUCCACCCAAAUCUAAUGGUUUGGGGAUACUUUCCAGAACAUUUAUCAGAAUUCCAAGGAAACAUUUACGAAGGAGGAAUUAUUACAUCUAUGCACAAAGUGUUCUCCAAGGAUUCCGAGCUCUGUGCGAUUAUAGAAACUCCAUCACUUGGUCCCGCUUCCUAUGCAGCACUGACCCCAUGGGGGUCAGGACAAGACUUCAAGAACAGGAUGUUGAAGUAUCCUAGAGUUGCUCACCUGUUUGCACUGAUAAGAGAUCAAGGCUCAGGAGAAGUAAAAACAGAAGGUAGAAUUACGCACCGACUGAACCAAUCCGAUGAUGAAAAUAUCAGAAUUGGUUUGAGGCGAGCUUUGAGGAUUUUAGUUGCUGCUGGAGCUGUCCAAGUGGGCACUUACCGAAGCGAUGGACAGAGACUUGAAUGUACAGGCAUUACAGAGAAAGAUUUGGAGGAGUUCAUGGAUAAGAUCACAGUAUCAGGAGGGAUGAUAUCAAAGGAGAAGCACUGGAACAUACUUGUUUCUGCACAUCAGAUGAGUAGUUGUAGAAUGGGAGCCACCGAGGAAGAAGGUGCAGUCGAUGAAAAUGGAGAAAGCUGGGAGGCCAAGAACUUAUUUGUCUGCGAUGGAAGUGUUCUACCCACUGCAACUGGGGCCAAUCCCAUGAUCACUAUUCAGUCUACUGCAUACUGCAUUUCCAAGAAGAUAGCUGAAUACCUGAAGUUCUAAGAGAUUAGUUAGCUAUUUGCAGCACAUGAAUUAAAAUUGUAAUGGUUUAAAGUAGUACAAUUAACAUUUGUGUUGAAUGCAGCAAUUAUAGUAUGAUAAAUAUAAUUUCACCUCAUUUUCUAA